AUGGCGGCACGGAUUUGACUUGGAUCUCAUGGAUCUUCAAAUGCCCGGCAUGGAUGGGUUUGCAGCAGCAGAUGCCAUUCGAGCUCAUGAGAGGAAGCAAGUAUUGGAGAUGGCCUUUAAGGCACGGCAGGUAAGACAGCAGCAGCUAGUAGCGGCAGUAUUGGAGUGUGCAUUGGAGGGUCCUCAGAAUCAGCUGGGUUUGGAGCCCCUAAGGGCCAAGAGGCACACCAGGGAGAGGAGCAGGGGACCUCUCAGGAGCCUCAGGGGCAAAGAGACGAGGGGGGGGGCCUCUUUAACUCGCAUGGAGCAGUCAGAGGAGGGGAGGGGGAAGCCUCCUUAACUCUCGUGGAGCAGACAGAUUGGGGGCUGCUGCAGCGACUCAAAGAGCGGUAAGGCAUGCAGAACUGGAGAGCGGAGACGACCUGGACUGGGCAAGGAGACAUGCAACGCACGAGGUUGCAUGGGAGGGAGCAGGGAGAUGGGGGGAAGACGGCGAAACGAGGGAGCGUCCAGGGCUGCUUGUUCUGGUCUGCUUGUCCCUACCCUAGAACCUUCAUACCCCGCUGCUGCUGCUGUGGACUGGUAACAGCCUCUAAGGAUUGAGGAGCCGGUGGCACCUGCUUCUGUUGACUGGCAGGCACCUGCUGCUGCUGCUGCUGACUGGCAGGCACCUGCUGCUGCUGCUGACUGGCCAGCACCUCCCCGGGUGCCCAUAGUGGCGCUGACAGCAGAUGUGGAUUGUGGAGUGGUGCAGAGGUUUGCAGAGGGGGGUUUGACGGGGUGCUGCAGAAGUGGACGCCCACCUGCUGGCGGCUCACCUCAGCCAAGCGCAGCUCCAGCAUUCCCUGCUGCGGGUGGUGGAUUGUCACCAGGGCUUCAGAUUGGAUUUUGAGGGGCUGUUGGCUCAGGGUGCCCCUAGCAAAAGCCCCUGUUUUUCAGGGUCGGGUUUUGGAAGUUGCAAUUUUUUUCAGGGUAUUUUUUUUCGAAGGCUGAAUGUUCAGGACUGAAAAAAUUCAGAGUUGAGAUGAUAGGGUUGAAUCUUGGAGAUUUUUUAGGGUAAGUAGGAUUUUCACCUAGCACACUAUGUUAGACAGUGCAUGUUUUGUCAGGCCCAAAAAAUACUAAGCCCCACU